UAGGGAGUUAAGAUGUGAGAAGUCUCUGUUUGAUAUUAUUCAAUAAUGAACAGAGCUGAAUGCUUUAUAAAUCACAACCACCCCGCAGAAAGGGAGGCCAAGAACGCUGUGGAAAAAUUGCUGCCAUUCGUUCAAUGGAAACAGGAUUGCAAUAAGUGCUGGAUGUGGGAUGUGGAACAGGCAACGUAACGCACGAUGUUCUUCAACCAGAGUUACCAGUAUCAACGAGGGAAGUUAUCGGGAUCGACAAGGAGAGUAUCCCGGUGGAGGGGGAAAAUUACGUUUUGAAAACGUUGACAUUGUCCACGGCAAAAAUUUCGUAGAUGCUCACCUCAAAUACUUUGACCACAUCUUUUCCUUCUCGUGUCUGCACUUUGUGCGUGAACAAGGGACAGCACUUCAACAUAUUCGUGAGAUGCUGAGACCCGGAGGUGACUUCAGCUUUUUCUGCGUCAACUCCAACAGUUUCUUCAAGGUCGUGGCUCAUUUGGCUCAAUCGGAAUCGUGGCGCCUUCACAUCGCCCACUACGAAAACUUCAUGUCGCCCUAUCAGUUCUCUCAAAACCCGAUGGACGAACUUGAAGAUCUUCUCAUUAAAACCGGAUUUCAGAUCAGAAGUCUGACAAUUGAGCCAAGGGGAGUGGAAAUGCCACUCUCGUACUGCCCAGGGCACUUCAUCGCGCACCUUCGAAUGGAAAUUCCGGCAGAUCUUCAUCACGAAUUCGGGCUCUCAGUAUUGGAGACAAUCAGAGAGCUCAAUUUGAGCCGUUUAGCCGAAGACAACGUGGAGUACUACGACGAUUAUUUCGAUGGUAUUUUUGGUCAUGUGAUAAGGCCAAAUUAAAUACUCAUUUCUGAUCUGUAACAAUUUAUUAGUAAACACAUGGCUUCUGUUUAUAAAAUUAGGAUCGCAAAAAUGGAGAUAAGGGGUUCAGAUACGUUCUCCCAUGUUAUGUUCCCCUGAUACACAUUUCCCUUAAAGAAACCCAGAAUGCAAAACGUUUGGCAGAUACUUUCCUACAAAUAAAUGACUGCAUUAUACUUUUCCGUGUACAACAUUUUUUUAAUCUAACACUCCCUCCGUCUUAAAAAUGACCAGGAGCACAGCAACACAAA